AGGCUGCACCGCCCCCCCGCUCGCAUCCUCUCGGCGGUGCGAACGCGACCAUUUUGCGGGGGGGAGCGGCGAGCGGCGGCGGGGCCGGGCCGGGCGGCGGCGGCGGUGGGGAGCGGGGCGGGGGCGCGCGGCCCACGCACGGCGGCGGCUCCGGCGGCUCCCCCCUGAGGGGGCUGAGAGAGGCGGCUCCGGCACUGUCGGCCUGAGGCGCUGGGCCCGGGGCUCCCGCUUCAGGGAGGGGACGGGCGACGCGGAGCCCGCACCGAGCGGCCGGUUCGGUGGUGUUUUUUUUUUAUUAUUAUUAGUUUUUCGGUUUUUCCCUUUUUUUUUUUUUUUUUGCCCUUCGGUUGAGGGCGACGUCCCCCGGGCCGGGCCCGAAGCGCCGGGGAAAAUGUCGAGGCCUGUCAGGAACAGGAAGGUGGUCGAUUACUCCCAGUUUCAGGAAUCAGAUGAUGCUGAUGAAGAUUAUGGAAGAGAUUCAGGUCCCCCAUCCAAGAAAAUCCGUUCGUCUCCCCGGGAGGCUAAAAACAAGAGGCGAUCUGGGAAGAAUUCUCAGGAGGACAGUGAGGAUUCAGAAGAAAAAGAUGUGAAGACCAAGAAAGAUGAUUCACACUCGGCAGAUGAAGAUUUUGGCAGUGAAGAUGACGACUUAGGAGCAGAUGAUGGCAAAGCUGACAGUGACUAUGAGAGUUCUCAAAAAAGCAAAAAAGGAAAAAAGGCUAAACCAGACAAGAAUAAGAGAGCCUCUAAAUCCAGGAAAAGGCCUGCAGAGGACAGUGAGGACGAGAAGGAAGACCACAAAAAUGUGCGUCAGCAGAGACAGGCAGCAUCUAAAGCAGCUUCCAAACAACGAGAGAUGCUUAUGGAUGAUGUGGGUAGUGAGGAAGAAGAACAAGAGGAUGAUGAGGCACAGUUCCAGGAGAAAGAUUCAGGAAGCGAUGAAGACUUCCUCAUGGAAGAUGAUGAUGAUAGUGACUACGGCAGUUCGAAGAAGAAAAACAAAAAGGUCUCCAAGAAAUCCAAGCCAGAGAGGAAAGAAAAGAAGAUGCCUAAGCCCAGGCUAAAGGCUACAGUGACUCCCAGUCCAGUGAAAGGCAAAGGGAAGGCAGGCCGACCCACAGCUUCCAAGGCAACAAAAGAAAAGACCCCAUCCCCCAAAGAAGAGGAUGAAGAGCCUGAAAGUCCCCCAGAAAAGAAAAAAUCAGCCAGCCCUCCACCAGAGAAGUCAGGGGAUGAGGGAUCUGAAGAUGAAGCACCCUCUGGUGAAGAUUAAAUGGCAGUUGAGGAAAUCUUUGUUUAAAAAAAAAAAAAAGAAAAAAGAAAAAGGAAAGAAAACAUACUUAGGGGUAGAACACGGUUUUGGCUGUGGCUUGACUCAUGGGCUUUGAAUGCUGUCUUUACUUUCAGCUGUUUAAUACAGUGUAUCCUUUUUUUAACAAGAGGAAACCCUUAUACAGUAAUAUUUUGAAGUCACUGUUCUCUGUUGGCCAUUCCGUUCUCCCUCCCCCCACCAAAUCUGAAAGCCAUUUGAGACAAAUUAACAGACCAUUUAAAUAUAUAUUUUUUUCAAGGGAUACUGCAGUUGUGAAGCAAUAAGGUUUGAGACUGAUACGUGGAAACCAUACUUACAAAUCGUUAAGUAGAAUAGAUUUCCCAGUGCUGGUAAGAGUCCUUUAAAACUAUUAUUCUGUAUUUGAGUAUGUGGUUAAAAAAACAACAACAAAAAUCUAUGCUUUAACAGUUUUGUUGAUACAAGUACGUUCUCUCAGAAAAAAAUGUAGUUAAUAGGAAUUCCAGUUGAGGAAACAUGGGGAGGAAACCUGUGUUUCUUGGAUUCAUGCAACUUUUCAAUGGAAAACAAUCAAGAGACUUAUAGAUGGUCCACUGUCCUUUAUUGAGAAAAAGACCCUCAAGUUAGGAUGCAAGAUCUUUUUGUCUUUGCUGGGUGGAAUACUAUUCUGCUUUAGGCAAAUUGCAGUUUGUUCUAUACGAUUUCACAUACACAGCCUACAAGCUGCUCACAUCCAUAAAUUCUGUUUUACUUCCAGGGAUGGCUAUAGAUGGGCGGAAUAGGGAAGAGAAAUUGAAAACAAUUUUUAAAGCUCUGGUUUCCAUCUGGUGUUGUGGAAGUUUUCUUUAAAGUUGUUCCAAGGAGAAAAAUAACGGACAACAUAAAACUAAAUUCUUUAGCUUUUGGGGCAAGGGAUGUCCUUUUAUAAAUGUGAAGCAAAGGAUUCCUGUAAUGCUCUGGUCAGUCUCGGAUCCCAUGAGUCACGCUGAAGUGCUUCUCUUCUCUCCCUCCAUCUGUCCUCAGAAAGGCUAUGUAGUCGUGUCUCUCAGCCUCUCCAGCUACAGUGUUGGACAGCAGACUUCCAUGGCUAGUGACAUUACCCCAGUAUCACUUCCAUUUCUUCAUCCCUCCAUCUGGCAGCAUGGGGGGCUUUACACUCAUUCUGUUCCCACAUCGACGUGUCUGCCUCUAACUGUUGGUCGUCAUUCUGCUCCCUAAGCCUAAAAAGAACGGAGUAGGGAACAGUAUUAAAGGGUGAAGCUGGGAGGAAAUGGGGUUUGGAAGCAGUGUAGCAGGGCUAUAGUUUUAUAACAAAAGCAGGAUGUCCCUCUAAAUGCAAGAAACUUGAGAUGUGUGUGGUGGCAUUUUAAUGUGUUUUUAUCAAAGCAGCCAUAUCCUUUUUUAAAAAAGUACAGAAGUCUUGGUUUUCAAACCCUAAUACGGAGGUUGCUGCCAUGUUGGUAGAGAUAUUAAAAACUGGACCUGCCAUUUUUUUCUUAAACCCUUUGUGCUUUCUGUAUGUUGCUCACCGUUGUUUUAUAGCUGACAAGUUUUGCAUCUUUUUUUUGUCACUGAAAUACAUGUUUUGUAACCAGCCUCUUGAAGGUAACAUAAGGCAGCUAAUUAGUUGGAUUUCUGGUGCACGAGCUACCAGAUUUUUAAUCCUGUUUGGAUUUUAGAGAGCUUUUAGAUAUGACACACUAAUAUGACCAGGAAGGACACUUGGCUGAAUGGCAUAGGGAGCCUGAAGAUGCUGAGCACAGUGUGGAGCCUAAACUAUGGAACGGAAUAUUAAUAUAACAGCCGAGUGAUUGUCUUGUGUGAUUCAUAGCCAUGGAUUUUAUGGAGGCUGGUAAAUUACUUUACCUUGGCUUAUUAAAAUUUAAGUUCUCUAACAUUCUUUACUAUAAUGAAACUACUGUUGCCAUUACAAUAAAGAUGAUCGGUGUUUCCAUUGUAAAUCUUUUUUUUUAAGUGGUUUAACUUUGCAGAACAGCUUAAGGCUGGAGUCAAGUAACAGUCUUGAAAAAGAUGUGAAUGUAACCUCCUCUCCCACACCUCUUCCCACCUUUUAGAUUUCUGGGAGAGCAGAGUUUCUUGUAUCCCCUGCGCUCCUAGUCCAGUGCUCCUUGGGUAAUACGGGACAAUAAAUGGCCAAAUUUUAAAUAACAUUUGGAUUGAUAUUUUGGGGGUAGCAUAUACUUUCCUGAGUGCAUUCUACAUCGUUGUUCUCCUUCAGUCCAGACUGUUUCAAGAUGUUACAGUCUACUGGGGGUAUUAGUUUCUUUUUGGUAUUAAAAUCUUCAAGAAUUGCAUAAAUGCAGAAUACCUCUAGUUGAUCUGGUCAAACAGUUGUUUCUUUACCUGCUAGACCAGUUUUUUUCUGAAGAGUGUAUUUUGUAAGUACCACUUAAGACUUGUUUGUUUGUUGUGUUUUUUGGUGUUUUUUAUUUUUUCCCUAAUACAGUUAAGUUCAGGCUGUGAAAAAUAAGUUUCUGUUGUUUUCAGUUCAGCUUCUGGACUGUGGAUUAUUUUAUGCCUGUCAAUUUUGGCCCUUUAUCCUGUAAAUCUGUUCUGUUUUCUCAUAUAUUCAUCUCUAAUGGCUGUUACAGGCUGCAUGAUGCUAUCUUUGAGAUUGUGUCACAACCCAAACACUAUGUAAAUCCUGUACUACGUCUGGGAUUUUGUAACUUUUUCUAUAUCUUACUGUUUUGCUAAUUUGUGCAAACACUAAGCCCUAAUGGUUACUCGGUUAAAAAUACCACAGUUUACAUUUUUACAGAUUGAAGAUAAUUGUGAAGGUUAAUACAUAACUUUUCUUUUUAGUACACAUUUUUAAGUAGAGGCAGACUUAACAUUUUUAAAUCUCCUUUUUAAUUCGUUUGUAUUAAGCAUUCUGAUUUCUUGAAGGAAAGCUGUAAAAACGCCUUUCUCUAGGAGCAUGAAUAGUUCUUCAUGGAGCAGGACGUUUCAUUCACAGAAGAAGGCUUUGAAAAGAUUGUCUUCUGUUACACAGCUGUAGUUUUGGAGCCUUUGCAGAGAGGUAAACAGAUUUAUUCCAAAAUACAGUUAAUUUAGUGCCCUGCCCUGGUCUCACCCUUAAAAUGGUAGUUCAUUGCUAACUUCUGUUAUAUAUCCCUCUGUACAUUCUGUUUCUGAAUCCACAUGACCACAUUUUGUUUUAUAUUUGUAUAAUCAUGCUGUCUUUGACUGGCCACAAGGCUUGAUCAGGAAAGAUUUGCAAUCUUGCUUGGAUUUUCAUACUAAAGAUUACUCGUUUCAGUUCGUAUUUGAUCAGCAUGAGAAUGCCAAACGUGUCAAGCUAAAUGGGUUUUAGAACGGAUUCCGGGUAAGAGUAAGACUUA